AUGCAACAAUGCGGAAAGAAAUUAUGCGGAGAUUUGUAUAAUGGCGACUCGGGUAUAUCAAACUUGAAAUUUUUUAUACCACCAUCAAAGGAAAGUCGUACUGCUCUACAUUACGCUGCCAUUUCUGCCACAGAUGAAUUUACAAAAUUAAUUUUAUCCAAGAAAGUUGAUGUAUCGAUGACUGACGAUUAUGGAAAAGCAGUUAUACAUUUAGCGUGUGAAAAAGGUCAUGAAAAAAUUGUCCGUGAAUUGCUCAAUAGUAAAGCAUACGUAAAUUUCCGUUCAAAAUCCGGUCAUACUCCCUUGCAUUUCGCAGCACAAUACGGGAACCGGAAUCUUAUCAAGUGGAUGGUUACAGAAUAUGAGGCGUCUCUGGAGACAGUUUCAGAUGGGAUGACUGCUCUUCACUAUGCAGCAAAAUAUGGACAUAUAGAAGUGGUUAAAGUUCUUGUAGAAAGUGGAGCCUCGACUACCGAGAAAACAAAUAAUAAAAAAACUGCUAUUGCGUUUGCAGCAGCUUCGGGGUUUGUCGAUGUUGUGAUUUAUCUACUCGAUAAAGUUGACAUUGAUGAACUAUGUGAAGAUAAGAAGGUUAAGUAA